GCCCAGGCCUGGAACAGGGUAAUCCUGAGGAGAAGAGUCUGCAGUAAGUGGUCCGGGAAAAGUACAAACGACCGACAGUUUGGGCCAUGAAGAAGAGCCUGGGGCUAGAGAAACGAGGUCCAGAGGAAAGAGGCGGCUGAAGAGUUUAUGGAAGUUGAUGAGGCCCCAAACUCCAGUCUGUUGCUGCUCUGUCCUCUUGGACAGCCUGUUCCACUGGGUGCUCCGGCUGGGUCGCCUCUCCGGGAGCCCGAGCUCUGGAGAGCUCACGAUGGAGGCCUGGUCGCAGGCUGCGAUGACAAACUGCUGCUAUGCUGCUGCUUCCGAGGGCGCCCACGUGGAGCGGAUGUCCUCGCCGGGCAGCUCAGCCUGGCCCGAAGUGCAAGGACACCCGGAGCGAUCCCAGCCGGCGGCCAGGUUUGACCUUGACCCUUGCGCGCCGCCAGCCUCGGUCAAGGCGCGCUCCCCAGCGGGCUCGCGCCCCGCCCCUCCCUCCGGCGGGCGCGGAAUCCCGGACGAUCCAGGCCGGGUUUUGUGGAGGAGCAGCCCGGCUGCCCAGGCUGAUUUCUCAUCUGUCGCCCUCAGCAGCAGUCCGCGGCGGGAGAUCAUGGUGCCGGACGAAUUGUGGACCGCGCUGUCUGGAGCCUCCGGGGCUGCCCUGGUCUGCUGCUUCGUGGCUGCGGCCGUGGCCCUGCGCUGGUCAGGACGCCGGUCGGCGCGGGGCGCGGCGGCCCGGGCGCGACAGAGGCAGCGAGCGGGCCUGGAGAACAUGGACAAGGCGGCGCAGCGCUUCCGGCUCCAGAACCCCGACCUGGACUCAGAGGCAUUGCUGGCCCUGCCCCUGCCUCAGCUGGUGCAGAAGUUACACAGUGGGGAGCUGUCCCCUGAGGCUGCGCUCUUCACCUACUUGGGAAAGGCCUGGGAAGUGAACAAAGGGAUCAACUGUGUCACUGCCUACUUGGCUGACUGUGAGACUCAGUUGUCCCAGGCCCCACGGCGUGGCCUGCUCUAUGGCGUCCCGGUGAGCCUCAAGGAGUGCUUCAGUUACAAGGGACAGGACUCUACGCUGGGCUUGAGCUUGAACGAGGGAGUGCCAGCCGAGUGUGACUGUGUGGUGGUGCAGGUGCUGAAGCUGCAGGGUGCCGUGCCCUUUGUGCACACCAACAUCCCCCAGUCCAUGUUCAGCUAUGACUGCAGUAACCCCCUCUUUGGGAAGACCCUGAACCCGUGGAAGUCCUCCAAGAGCUCAGGUGGCUCCUCAGGGGGUGAGGGGGCCCUCAUUGGGUCUGGAGGCUCUCCCCUGGGCUUAGGCACUGACAUUGGGGGCAGCAUCCGCUUUCCUUCUGCCUUCUGUGGAAUCUGUGGCCUCAAACCUACUGGGAACCGCCUCAGCAAGAGUGGUCUGAAGGGCUGUGUCUAUGGACAGGUGGCAGUGCAGCUCUCAGUCGGCCCCAUGGCCCGGGAUGUGGAGAGCCUGGCGCUAUGCCUGCGAGCCCUGCUGUGUGAAGAUAUGUUCCGCUUGGACCCCACUGUGCCUCCGCUGCCCUUCAGGGAGGAGGUGUACACCAGCUCCCGGCCCCUACGCGUGGGGUACUAUGAGACUGACAACUAUACCAUGCCCAGCCCGGCCAUGAAGCGGGCCCUGCUGGAGACCAAGCAGAGCCUUGAGGCUGCUGGCCACACGCUGGUUCCCUUCUUGCCAAGCAACAUACCCUAUGCCCUGGAAACCCUGUCAACAGGUGGGCUGUUCAGUGAUGGUGGCCACAGCUUCCUCCAGAACUUCAAAGGUGAUUUUGUGGACCCCUGCUUGGGGGACCUGAUCUUAGUUCUGAAGCUGCCCAGCUGGCUUAAAGGACUGCUGGCCUUCCUGCUGAAGCCUUUGCUUCCUCGGCUGGCAGCCUUUCUCAGCAGCAUGAGGCCUCGGUCUGCAGGAAAGCUCUGGGAACUGCAGCAUAAGAUCGAGGUGUACCGCAACUCUGUGAUUGCUCAGUGGAAAACACUGGACCUGGAUGUUCUGCUGACUCCCAUGCUGGGUCCUGCUCUGAACUUGAAUGCCCCAGGCAGGGCCACAGGGGCCGUCAGCUAUACUGUGCUCUACAACUGCCUGGACUUUCCUGCUGGGGUGGUGCCUGUCACCACGGUGACUGCUGAGGAUGAAGCCCAGAUGGAACAUUACAAGGGCUACUUUGGGGAUAUCUGGGACAAGGUGCUGAAGAAGGCCAUGAAGAAUAGCGUGGGGCUGCCUGUGGCUGUGCAGUGCGUGGCUCUGCCCUGGCAGGAAGAGAUGUGUCUGCGGUUCAUGCGGGAGGUGGAGCGGCUGAUGACGCCUGAAAAGCGACCGUCCUGAGGCUGCCUGCCUGCCCAGCUCCAGAGGACCUGAGACCCAUGUGCUCUGUGGCCCAAUCUAGUCAGGGCACACUGUCACCCUGUGAGGAAGUGUUCAGCACAGGGCAGAGGCUUCCAAUGUCUCCUCCCCUGGCCCCCUGCAGAAGUGCAGACCUCUCUCCCCUCUGGUCUCCUCUCCACCGUGAUUCCACACCCCAUGUGGCAGCUAGCAAGUGUGACAUGGCCCAAGGCCUGUCAACAGGCAAAAGUAACUUCUCUUUUGUGCACUUUUUGGGCAUCAUUGUUAGGGUGCUGGGCAUUGGAGCCCAUUAAGAGCAGGGUUGACUUGACCUUCUGGAACCUUGUCACUCUCCUGCUCCAAAACCUCCCCUGGCAUCCAUUACCCACAGAACAGGCUCAUGUCCUAGGCCUUUCACCCAGACUCUUCCUCUCUUGCUCUCAAGCUUUGUUGGACACAGCCCUUAGUCUUCCUUCCUACUUUCCUCUCUGUGACAUGCCCUUUCUGUUCUUCCACCACUCAGUCCUUUGAGGUCCCUCUUUCUCCAGGAGGCCUUCUGUCUUUCUUCUGGGCACUGGAGGGUAUGAGCUGUUUCUUCCUGGUCUGCUCUGUUGGAGUGGGUGGCUUCUGUAGUAGGUCUGCCUUCCUGAGCACAUGGGCUCUCCUUGACAGCAGUGACCCCACUGCUACUUCUUUGUCCUCUGUGACUAGCACAGAAGAAGCACCUGAAUUGGGCUUCAGGGAAUUGAAUGGAAGCAGAGAGCCCUGACAGGGGCUGUUGGGCAGAGGAGUCCACUGGUAGGGUGAGCAACCUGGAGAUAAGGCAGUCUGGUAGAGAACACUUGCAGGGCUGGCCAAGGCUUGGAUUGAGGCCAGAUCAAGGUGAACAUGGGUGGCCAGGUCAGGAACUUGAAUUCUUUCUCAAGGGGAUGGGGGCACGCAGAGGGUCAUGUAGGUUCAGUAGGAGAGUAGUUUGGAGUGGCAAGGCCUGGAAAGAAUGAGGAUGCUGCUCCAUGAUCCCUAAUCUGGGGAAAGGGUCCUGAGGCCCCAGAAGCUACCUGGGAUAGAGAGGCUGUCUGAGAAGUGACAGUGGGGCAGAGGUGAGCUGUCCAGCUCAGAGUCUCAGCCCUGUCCUGUCUGCCAGCUGACCUCUUACUGGACUGCACUACAGGUGGAGUAUGAGAGUGGGGGUGACUAGUCUUUGACACGCCCCCUCCCCAGUAGAAUUCCCUGACUUAGACCAUAGUCUGACUCUCCUCUGACUGAAGUUUUGGGACCUGAGCCCUCAGGGAAGGACAGUCCCCUCCCUUCCCCACUGCCAACCUGUUUCACACUCUUUUUGGAGCAUUAGGUAAUUUCUCUUGCCUUCCCAAGACUUCCUUCUCCCUCCUGAUUUUUCUGUCUGUCUGGAAACCUGCCAAGUUGCAGGCCUGGUGGCACCUGCACUGCCCACCAAUGCUGCGCCUGCCUGGGAGGGGCCAAUCUUGGGCAGACAUGUGGCCCCACACCUUGGAGCUGACUCAACAACCCAGCCAACUUUGCCCUGAUUUCUUUGCCGCUGCUGCAGCUUUGUCUGUCAUUCCAUAGAACCAUCUGCCAUCUGCCCCAGCUUCCUCUUCCUGCCCAUUUCCCUUUCUGUUGCUGAUGUCAUUGUGCUUUCAGACACAGGGCUGCAGAGUGGCCGCACUGCGCUGCUCCUUUAUCCUUCUUUCACCGGGCUCGUUGAUUUAGCCCCUAGAGCCUCAGCAUAGCCACACCCAGCCUUCUGCUGAACGGAGCUGGAGACCCACCUGAACCAAGCCUGGCUGCCAUACUUGAGAGGCUCUUCGGGCUUCUGGGGCAGCUGAACAUGACAAGCCCAUCUGCUCCCCUGGUGAUCCGGCUGGGAGGAAGGAUAGACAAGAGCAGGGCCUCCGUGCUGCCAGGGGAAAAGGGACAUGGUCACUGAGCACAUGAGUAUCCCAUGCUACUUUUCUACCACUGUGCUCUUGUGCAAGCCACCUGCCUCUCACCUGAGCGCUGCAAUUAACUUCUUAGCCCCCAGGACUCCCUGCUUCCAUCCUCACCUGUCUCCCAGUGUAUUCAUGCGGUAGUUACCGGUAGCCCCAAGUGAUUCUUUAGAAGUGUAAAUCAGAUGAAGUCUCCCUGCUAAAGUCCUUCCAGUGACUUCCCAUCCAGCCUAGAAUAAAAUCUAGUCUCUCCUGUGUCUUACAGAGCAUGUGGCUUUGCAAGAGGUGCUCUUGUCCACCUCUCCAGUCUUGGGGGUGUCUUUCUCUUAUCACCUGUGCUCUGACCACACAAGCACCUUAGGUUUCUUGACCAUCUGAAGCUGGUCCCUGCCUCAGAGCUUUUGUGUUAGCUGUUCCCUCUGUCUGGAAUAUUCAAAGUCAUCUUCCCUGAUCGCCAGCUUGUAAAAUGACAUGCCCUGUCUUCCAGUAUGUCACCCUUUGUAUGUUUUUUUAGUGCAUUGUCACUCUGAAAUCAUUUAUGGGCUUUCGUCUCCUCCACUAAAACAACAGUACUUUUUCUUGUUCAUGACUACAUUCUUGGCAUAAAGAGUGCUGAGAAGGUGCUCAAUUGAUUCUGUGAAAUUAAGUGAGCAUCUACUCAGGGGCCAGUACUGUAUUGGUGAUGGGACUGCAGUGAUGGAUGAGACAGACCUGGCUCCUGACCUCUUGGAGCUUACAUUCUGGAGGAUAUUUCUUGAAGGAAGGAAGGCAGGUAUGCUAACAAAGAUCCAUGAAUAUUUAAUACAUGGAGUAAUAAGGUGACAUUUUAUCAGGUGAAAAGGAGGACAGGCAUCUGAACAAUAUUUACCGAGUAGCUACUAUGAGUCACCCACCUCUGGUCACUUAGAGUCAUGUCAUUUAAUUCUCCUAUUAACUGUUUUAAGAGCAUUUUUGCCACCAUUUCGAAAAAAGGAUUAUGAACCUAGCCCAGGGUACCAUUUUUCUAGCUAGGAAUGGGGGGUUGGAAUUAAAACCUGGGUAAUCCUCUGUCAGCGCCUACAUGGGCCCUUUCUGGUGUCCCAUGAUGCUGAGGCACAGUGAGCGCAUGGUCAGAGGAGUAAGUGCAAGUGGCUCCUUCCUUUCCUUCCUGACCACCAUCUGCUGGGCUCACGACCUUGGUGCGAGGCUGCUGCCUUUCCCGUUCUCAUGUGUCCACUGCCUGACAGACCUCGCCUCCAGGCUGGUUGUCUCUGUCCUUCACAUGGCAGUAGGGGACCUUCCUAAACUCAAAUCUGAUUUAGUAUCACUUGUGCCAAGUGUAGACCCCUUGCUGUGACCCACAAGGUCACACUUGACCUGAUCUGCCUCUGGCAUAGUAAUGACCUCAGCUCCUUGGUUUCCCAAGUGCUGCAUCCUGGCCACUCAGCCUGAGGGCAACUGUGGGCACCGUGGGCACCAUGUGUAUCUCUCAACUCCAUGCCCCUUGCUUACUUGCCUGGAAUGUUCUCUGCUCUUCACUGCCUACUCAUUCAGGGUCAGGUGAUUGUCCCUCACAGCUCCACCAGGUUGUGUUGAGAGUGCUGCCUUGUAAGCAGGGCACAGUGGCACAUGCCUGUAAUCCUGGCUACUCAAGAGGCUGAGGCAGGAGGACUGCAAAUUUGAGGUCAGCCUGGACUGUUUAGCAAGAGUCUCUCAAAAUAAAUAAAGGAUUGGGGAUGUAGCUGAAUGGUAGAGCCCCUGGAUUCAAUCACCAGUGCCCUCUCCCCACCAAGCAGGGGCUGUGUCUUAAUAAUAGAAUCCAACUGUUAGACUGGAGUUGAUAACCCACUGCCUCAUUUGUGAAAAUUGGGUACUUCCAUUUUGUACAUGGGAAAACUGAAGUUCAGAGAGGGUUGCUGAUUUGUCCAAAGCCAAUCACCAAGGGGUACAGAGAAGACUUGAAAACUGCAUGAUCCACUCCAAAUUUUGUGUACUUUCCUCAUUUGUACAGUCACAAGAACAGGCAUUAAGCAUGCUCUGGGUACCUGUCUCUGUGCUAGGUGACACAAACUCUUUGAAGACAGAAGCAACAUCCACAUAUUGUGUUUGCUGAUGCUGUAUGCUUUAGAGGCAGACAUAAUCAAGUUGUGAGUUUCCCAGCCGGGUGCCAUGGGAAUCCCACCAGCUCUGGAGGCUGAGGCAGGAGGAUCAUGAGUUCAAAGUCAGCCUCAGCAAAAGUGAGGUGCUAAGCAACUCGGUGAGACCCUGUCUUUAAAUAAAAUACAAAAUAGGGCUGGGGAUGUGACUCAGUGGUUGAGUACCCCAGGGUUCAAUCCCUGGUACCAAAAAUAAAUAAACAGUUGUGAGCAUCCCAACCAGAUUUGUGUUCAUUUCGUAUUUCUCUAGCUGGCUGAUUUGACUAGACCUUCCCAAAUUUCCCACACAUAGGUUUGGAGUAGUGACCCUGGGCACCUUAGGGAAGUGAGGUCACUUGGGGUCCAGGCUGUGUGGAGUUUGGCAGCACCCAGCACUGUGCCUGGUACCCAGUGGAUACCCAGUGAAGGCUUGUUAUUAGUGAACCCAUUUUGGCUACUCCAAACUAUUUCCUUUUCUCAUUCUCAAUAGGGAAUUUUCUAGUCAGUCCCUGACCCUUGACUUAUUUUUGCAUUUAUUUUAUUUACUUCCAGGAUUUGGAUUAUUGUCUGUAGGGACAAAUAAUUUCCAGUCUAUAUCUAGCCUAGAGCUUUCUCCUGGUCCGAAGAUCCUCAUCCACCCACUUCCCCAUCCCACAAACCCCUCCCUCCCUCAUCCAUCCAGUGACGGUAUUGGAUUCUUCCCACAGGGCAUCAGAGUUACCAAUCAGAAAUAGUCCCUUCCUGAAUGGAGCUUUUAUUCUACCAGCAGGCAGACAUCAAUUGCA